GGUCCUUAUGCUCCCCACUCAAUGCCCUAUGAUUACCACAACCGUGGACCGUAUUCAUCUCAAGGUUCACAUUACAAUUCUCCCGGUUACGGUGGUUAUCCUCCACAGCAUAUGCCCCCUAGAGGUGGAUAUAAUGCUGGCUGGGACCAAAGACCUCCACCUUCUGGUCCUUACGAUUAUUAUGGUAGACAAGGAGCUCAAACCUCUGGUCCAGUUCCACCUCCUGACCAUGCACCUUCUCCUGCCUUGGGUGGUCACCCUCCUUCCCAAGUAAGUUAUGGUUACGGUCAGAGUCACGGCCAAGAGUAUGGACAUGCUGCUCCUUACUCCCAGACCGGUCAUCAGCAGACUUAUGGGCAGAUGUAUGAACAGCCCAAGUAUGACAAUAAUCCUCCGAUGCAGCCUCCUUAUGGAGCUUCAUACCCACCAGUGGGUGGUGCUCAGCCAGGCUAUUCACAAAUGCAGCAACCUGGUGGUAGGCCUUAUGGUAUGCAACAAGGUCCAGUCCAGCAAGGAUAUGGGCCUCCACGGCCUGCAGCGGCAACUCCUUCCGGUGAUGUUCCU